CAGCCCAACGCCAUGGAGACCACCGCCGUCGACUUUUUGGUUGAGAGCCCCGACGUGGUCUACGGCCCCGAGGCCAUCGAGGCGCAAUACGAGUACCGGACGACGCUUGUCAGCCGCGAAGAUGGCGUCCUCAAGGUGCACCCUACGUCCAAGCGCUUCACCUUCCGGACGGUUCGGCAGGUGCCCCGUCUCGGGGUCAUGCUCGUUGGCUGGGGCGGCAACAACGGUUCCACGAUGACCGCCGCAGUGCUGGCCAACCGGCUGCGCCUCUCCUGGCCCACGCGCACCGGGCGCAAGGAGGCCAACUACUAUGGCUCACUGACGCAAGCCGGCACCGUGAGCCUGGGUUUGGACGCCGAAGGCCAGGAGGUGCACGUGCCCUUCCGCGCGCUGCUACCCAUGGUGGCGCCCGACGAUCUGGUGUUUGACGGCUGGGACAUCUCGUCACUGAACCUGGCCCAGGCGAUGCGUCGCGCGCAAGUCCUGGACUGGGGGUUGCAGGAGCAGCUGUGGUCGCACAUGGAGACUCUGCGUCCGCGCCCCUCAGUCUACAUCCCUGAGUUUAUCGCUGCCAACCAGGGCGCGCGUGCAGACAACCUCAUUCCAGGCACGCGUGCGCAGCAGCUGGAGCAGAUACGCAAAGACAUCCGAGACUUCUGGUCCAACAAAGGGCUGGACAAGGUCAUCGUGCUGUGGACAGCGAACACAGAGCGUUUUUGCGACGUGGUCCCAGGUCGAAAUGACACAGCAGAGAACCUGCUUCGAACCAUCGAGGUGGGCGGGGAGGUGUCCCCAUCCACGCUUUUUGCUGUGGCCAGCAUCCUGGAGGGUUGUGCUUUCCUCAACGGGUCCCCACAAAACACACUGGUGCCGGGGGCGCUGGAGCUCGCCUGGCAGCACCGUGUCUUCGUGGGAGGGGACGACUUCAAGACAGGCCAGACCAAGGUUAAGUCGGUGCUCGUGGACUUCCUCAUUGGCUCUGGACUCAAGACAAUGUCCAUUGUGAGCUACAACCACCUGGGCAACAACGAUGGGCAGAACCUGUCGGCUCCAUCUCAGUUCCGCUCUAAGGAGGUGUCCAAGAGCAACGUGGUGGAUGACAUGGUGCUCAGCAACCCUGUACUCUACGAACCUGGCCAGGAGCCUGACCACUGUGUGGUGAUCAAGUAUGUACCAUACGUGGGCGACAGUAAACGCGCGCUGGAUGAGUACACAUCAGAGCUAAUGAUGGGCGGAACCAACACACUGGUGUUGCACAACACAUGCGAGGAUUCGCUGCUUGCCACGCCCAUCAUGCUGGACCUGGUGUUGCUGACCGAGCUGUGCCAACGCGUGAGUUUCCGUACGGACGCCGAUCCCGAGCCACAGGGCUUCCACCCCGUGCUGGCACUGCUUGGCUUUCUCUUUAAAGCCCCGCUAGUGCCUCCUGGUAGUCCUGUGGUCAACGCGCUCUUCCGCCAGCGCAGCUGCAUCGAGAAUAUCCUCAAGGCCUGCCUAGGUCUGCCGCCACAGAACCACAUGUUGUUGGAGCACAAGAUGGAGCGCCCAGAUCCCGCGCUCAAGCGUGCUGGGCCUGCGGCUUGCCCUGUGCCUCGAAAGAAAGGACCAGUGCCUGCUGCCCCCAAUGGCUGCACAGGGGAUGCCAAUGGGCAUCCGCAGACAGCUACCACCUGA